AUGACUUUCUACAGCAAGAUCCAGAAGUUAGGAGAUCCUAUUAGUCAAUACAUUUAUGAACAUUCACUUCAUUUCACAACUGAACAGCUCGAGUUGAUUGAAUACACUAAAUCUCUACCAGAACAUUCACAGAUGCUUGGUUCACUUGAUGAAGCUCAAUUCUUUCAAGUCCUCAUUCGACUUAUGAAUUGCAAACGAUGCAUUGAAAUCGGUACAUUUACUGGAUAUACAUCAAUGGCCAUUGCACUCGCUUUACCAUCUGAUGGUAAACUGGUUACAUGUGAUAUUGAUGAUCAAUAUAUUCGUCAAGACCUGUGGGCUAAAGCAGGUGUCCGGGACAAAAUUAGUUUGAGAGUUGGACCAGCUAUUGAAACGCUAGAAAAAUUGAUUGAAGAAUACGGUGAAGGAUCGUUCGAUUUUGUUUUUAUCGAUGCUGACAAAGUUAAUUAUCUGGAGUACUACAAACUGUCCAUGCGGUUACUUCGUUCCAAUGGACUGAUCGCAGUCGACAACACAUUGUGGGGUGGACGUGUUGUAGAUGAAACUGAUACAAGUGAGCAAACAGUUGCCAUUAGAACGACGAACGACUUCAUCAGAGAUGAUCAACGCGUUGACAUCAGUUUUCUACGUCUUGGCGAUGGUACAACGCUUUGCAGAAAAAAAUAG